AUGCCUCUCAAUCCACGGACACGAUAUUGGGAGAUUCCUACAGAGCACGUGACCAUAGAAAAGAUCAUUGGUAAAGGAGCUUUUGAUCAGGUUGCUAAAGCAACAGUCAUCGGCCUCCAGGGAAGACUGAAGAAGACAGUUGUGGCUACUAAGAUGUUAAAGGGAAUCAAGUACUUAAAAAAAGUUCUACCUUUCUCUGACGCUUCUGCAUUAGAGAAGAAGGACUUACUGUCCGAACUUGAUUUGAUGAAGCAACUGGACCCUCACCCUCAUGUCAUUAAACUGCUGGGAUGUGUUACGAACUCCGGGUCAUUAAUGGUAUUGAUUGAAUAUGUUCCGUAUGGAGAUCUGCUGGGAUACCUGAGAAGGAGCCGUGGAUUAAAUGACACUUACUACAAGGACCUGGAUAUAAAACCACAAACAAAUCUGACGCCACGGCAGCUAAUGAAGUUUGCUUGGCAAGUUGGCGAUGGAAUGUCGUAUUUGUCAUCGAUACCAAUUAUCCAUCGAGACCUUGCAGCUCGAAAUGUGUUGGUUGGAGAGGGGGAAACGUGGAAAGUAACAGACUUUGGUAUGGCAAGAGAUGUCCUAGAAGACAACAUUUAUCAACGGAAGUCUAAGGGACGUCUCCCUGUAAAAUGGACUGCCAUUGAGGCGCUGCUGUACGGCAAAUAUUCUACAAAAAGUGAUGUGUGGAGCUACGGAGUUCUCCUCUAUGAGAUUUUCACGAUUGUGUGCAGAUAUUAGAGUCCGGAGUCAGAGGCACUUGAUGUUCGCCACCAAACAGCAGCGAGAGUUUCUUGCUAAUGCGAAGUCUUGGUAUAUCGAAGUCACGUUUAAGCUGUGUCGCCAUGCAUUCACGCAGUUGGUAACGAUCGAUGUCUUCGUCAGGAAGGACGACUACGCCAAGCUGGUGCUGCUUCUAUUCGUGCUUAUGUCAGAAAUGUCAUACGCAUCAAACAACGACACCGAGGUGUGGC